UGGGUACAUUAAUAAAAAUCACAUACUGAAACCGAAACCAUCUCCGGGGAGUCAUUUACAUAAAUUUCAAAUUGUCAAACAGACGAAGCAGACGAUCAUGGUGUACGGUAUUUCAGAUUAAGGCUUAUCAGAUGCAAUGAUUUCCCCGUGCUGCUGUCUACGACUGAUUACAUCAUGUGUUACUUGGAUUCUGUUCAUCGUUACAGUAAUCAAAGAUGUCGAAGGCAGCCAUUUUCGUGGAGGAAUUUUCAUGUGGAAACCAACUUCCAACGGCAAUGAAAAUGAAGUCAUCAUUACCUUCCGUGUGGCGUGGAGACGUACCUACAGCGCUCUGACAAGGUGUGACAAAUCCACAGUCGCGGAGGGUAAUAUCAUCGCUAACCUUGGUUCUGUCAGCUGCUAUGGUUGUCCCUCAGGUAGCACGAUUUCAAACGUCGGGAUCGUCUGCACAGACUUUAGUGUGCAAGAAGACUGGACACAAGGGGAGCGGAGCUUUAAUUACACUUUCCAAAACAAAACUGCCCAAUUCGGAUUUUCAGGAGGGGAUUGGAUAUCGCUCGUGUCCGGUGGCGGAAGGUGGGAGAUGCGGACAACAGUCGACUUGAACCGGAGACGAGAUACCGGGAAAAUUAACUCAUCUCCAGUAUCCGCCAUGCCACCCAUUAUACGUCUACAACAUGGUUGUGAUCACAACAUCACCAUUCCAGUGUAUGAUAAGGAAAAUGACACGGUCCGAUGUAGAUGGGCGGAGUCAAGCAAGAGGGAGUGUGGAGGUGUAUGCAAUUCCUUCCCGAAUGCAUUUCUCGAUGAAAAACGAUGCACGAUAUCAUACAUCGCGAAAUACCAGACUGGAUGGUUUGCUGUCGCAAUUCAAGUAGAAGACUUCAGUCCCCUGAACUCCACCCAUCCAUUAAGCAGUGUCUCUCUUCAGUUCUUGGUGAACGUUUUUGCAUCGGAUGUACCAUGCCAAGAUAAACCAAAGUUCGUCAUGCCUACACGAUUGGACGGCGCAUGCGUCGGCCUUCCGGUUAGUUUCACGUGGGCUGAACAAAUCAUAGCUCGGAGUGGUGCUGAUGGAGUAAACAUUACAGAAAUAACGACAGUAUCACCGCCGGGUUUGGAGACUUCAGUUUUACAGAAAUACGGAAGUUCAAACCGGGAAUCUUACGUUAAUGCAACAUGGACUCCCCUGUCAAGUCAAGCCGGUGAAAAAGCAUUUUGCUAUACUGCCAGUGACUCAGAUAGUUUGGUGUCGGAGAAAACCUGCAUUAAACUUUUGGUUGGAGUGGAACCUCCACAAAUCCUAUCUUACAACCCAGUAGGAGACAUCUUGCCCACACAGAAGUAUUUCUACGUCCACCUCAACAUGCAGUUCGUGAAACCAAGCCAAAGGGCCUUUGUGUACUUUUACAAGAGAAACCACGACCUUGUGUCCAAACUAGAUGUUUCUCAAAGCGAUCAAGCUAUUUACCCGCUGUAUGCUGAUAAUUCACGAAAUUGGGUUCUUAGAAUUUCGAUGAACUUCGAACUAGAAGAAAAAGAAUACUAUUAUAUCAGACUAGAUCCAGGUAUUGCAAAAGGAGUUAUUGGGUGUGGUGCUGAGUCUGCUGCUCUGUGGGAUUCCAAUGACUGGACAUUUCGUGUCAGAGAUGUAACGCCUCCAGUCUUGAAUUUCUGUGCAUGUAAUCCAACGGUGACAGGGGCAAACAUCACGGUCAAAUGGAGUUUUGACGAACCAGUCUUGUACGUCAAUUGUACCUUGCAAAAUGGUACACAAUUCUUGACUGUUCAGUGCGGCAAAACGUUUUGGAGAUCGGAAGAUUUCAAUGAAGGGUUUUACACUUUAUUCAUACAAGGGACAGAUUUUGAGAACAAUACAGCUAGUCAGAAACCAUAUACUUGGUUUGUUGAUAAGACAGCUCCGACAUUAACUAUGAUGAAAAUGCCGCCCAAAUUGAGCAAUCAGCACUCGGCAAUUUUCGAAAUCAGGUGCAACGAACCUUGCCGUAUAUCUUGUAGUCUUGACCUAAAGAAGACCCCGUCAUCUCCGAUUCUGUGUAGCACUCGGCUAACAACACAUCACAUAAUCACAAAAUCGAGUCUGUUAAGCGACACGCUAUAUACGUUUCAAGUGUUGGGUGUUGAUGAAUCUGGAAAUAUAGGAGUGGCAUUAACGUAUGAAUUCGAAACAGAUUUUCAACUGCCGUCUAUUGAACCAUUGGCUGACAUUUCUGUAGAGUGUCAGAAAGGUCUUAAUCUCAAUACAACUGGAAAACCCAAUGCAACAGACAACAGUGGCAUCGCAAAUCUCACAUAUAGUGAUUUAAUGCUUAAAAAUUGUCAAGUAAAAAGAACGUGGACUGCAUUCGAUAUUGCUGGAAAUAAGAACGAUUUAACGCAAAUUAUCAGCGUUGUGUUUAGCAGCGGACCUGCUGUCGCGUUUCCAUCUGACGUCGCAAUUGCAUGUGGAUCGUUAUCACAGAUUACAGAUGAUGUUCUGAAACCAUCUGUAAAAGUUUAUCAUCCCUGUGGACUUCAAGUAAACGUAACGUACAGUGAUCCGUUAGAAAUAGGAAAUGGUUGUGGAUUCACCUUUGUAAGAAACUGGACUGUCCAGGACAAUUGUGGAUAUACAAUUGUAGGGUUUCAGAAAAUACAAAUUAUGGACCCUCAAGACCCCAAUACACCAGAAAGAGGAGAGGAGACAGAUUUACACCCUCUUCUUAGUUGGCCAGAGAGUCUAAAGACCGCGAAAUACAGACUAUUUCUUUGGGAUGCCACCAAAAGCAGACCUACGACUUAUACUUAUUUUGGGUCAAAUACUUGGUUUCAGUCCAACAAUCUUCAUCAAGGUCUAAUGUAUUUUUGGCAAGUAGAAGUUGUGGUAGAUGCAAAUGUUACACAGUAUAGCCCGCGAUGGAAUUUUAAGACAAAAUCUUACGUUGAUCUUUCUAUAAUUGAAGUGACAAUACCCCCGUUGGCCCAUUCAGGGCAAUCCUUUCAAGUUCGUUGGAUAGUUCAAAACAUUGGGAAAGCACCAACCUCUUACUACGAAUAUUGGUACGACCAAGUCUUCUUAGGAUUUACUGAUGAUAUUAACAGUGCAAGAAGAAUAUCCACAAUUCGUCAUCGGAAGAUCAUCGCAGAAAACGACACAUAUCAAGGUUUAACUGAGGUUACAUUACGUGAUGAUGACGUUGGGACAGCAUUUAUAUUUGUGAGAGUGGAUGCCUAUAGAUACCUUGACGAUUUCGACAGAUCCAACAACUUUUUGAGAAGUCUGAAAUCAGUGACGGUACAAUUUACCCCACCUCCUGAUUUAAUUGUAGAAAAGAUUGAUCUCCCAUCAGGAACAUUUUCAGGUCAAGUGAUUCAAAUACAAUACACAAUAACGAACGUAGGUCCAGGACCCACAAAAUCCAAGCGCUGGAUAGAUUCCAUAUACUGGUCAAAAGAUUCCAAUUACGAUGAAUCGGACGAACACAUAUCUUCAACGACCAGAAAUGGCGUCCUUUUAGCUGGGGGAUCAUAUCUUGUAAAACAACACGUCAAAAUUCCUCAAAAUAUCUUUGGAGUAUACCAUAUCAUUGUGACAACAGAUAAAUACGGAAGCGUGUUUGAAUAUACUGCAGAGGAUAAUAACUGGUCGGCGUCUGAGCCUCUUGACGUAACAUUAUCACCUCCUCCGGAUUUACGUGUAGCACAUGUCAAAAUUAAGAAUUCCAAACCCAGUUUUUCAACCGGAGAAAUUAUUCAUUUAGAAUGGACAGUAACAAAUGAAGGAUCUCGGAAACCUGACGUUUCGAUGUGGAUUGACGCAGUUGUUUUAGAUGACCCUUUGAACUGGCGAAUUAUCUUAGAAGAAGUGAAUAUUUACCACACAGUAUCGCCAAACGAACAUUACACUGAAGCAAUUUCCUAUCUAAUCAACCCAACUAUCCUCAGUGGGAACUACAACGUAUGUGUUAUUACUGAUGAAAUUGAGCAGGUUUUUGAAUAUGGAACUCGAGAAAAUAAUAUGCAAUGCAUUCCACUCAGUAUAUCUCAAUCCCUCUCUGAUCUAGAAAUUCAGGAGUUGUCCGUGAAUUUGUAUGUUAAUGAAUUGGGUUACAACGCCUUAAAUGUCAGUUGGACUGUCCUGAACAUUGGGAGUGGCCCAACAAGUACACCGACUUGGACGGACAGUGUUGUCCUACACGAUGCCUAUACAGUGAAAGCUAGACUUAACAUUCCUGUCGGGAAAGUAGCAUUAAACCCCAAUGACAUGUAUACUGAAGCUACGUCCUUAGUACUAAAUGAGAAAAUCCAUGGAAGGGUGUCUGUUUUCUUGUACACGGACACGUUUGGCAAUGUCUAUGAGUUUAACGAAAACAACAACGAAGAUAGAAAUGAAAUCAGUGUUCCUUUAAGGACUCCAAAUCUAAAAAUAAUUGCUUUUAAGGUUGUAAAUGAAAGUCUUUACAGUGGAGAUAUCAUGUAUAUAACUUGGACAGCUAUUACCACAAGCAUUGCGAUAUCAGAUCACUUUAUUUGGACGGAUAUAGUGAAAGUGAAAUUCGAGCCAAAUGAUUUGAUGAUUGAAACUUUUGACAAAAAAGUAAAGGGACCUUUGUUACUUAGCGAUUCAUAUACCUCGACAGUUAAAGUACAGGUUCCUCAUAAUUUUAUCGGAUUUGUACACGUGAAUCUGGUCAUAAAUAGCCAUGGAGAUAUAUUUGAGGGGAAUGGCUUACUUGAUAACUCUAGAAGUAUAUCAGUAAAAGUUCUUUCUCCGUCCUCGCCUGAUCUAGUAAUCACACAUCUUCACAGUUAUUUUAUAUCGAAACAAACACGCUUGGCAGUAAUUCUCUGGACGAUUAAAAACAUUGGAAACAGUAUGAAAGGAAAGAAGGAAUGGGUGGAUGAAAUAAGUCUGCAAACAACCGGAAGUGUGAGCAGAAAUAUCUCCUUAGCAAAUUAUAAACAGGUUUGGAGUCUUGAUACAGGUGCAGAAUACAUGGUGAAUAAAACAUUAGUGAUUCCCUCGACAUUAGUUGGUCAGUUCUACAUCAAUCUCACGACAGACAUAAACAACAAUGUUCAGGAGGUAAAUGGAGAAAGCAACAACUGGAAAAGAAGCAAAACCCCAAUUUUUUUUCCCGACCUCCCUAAAGUCGAUUUGAAAGCAAUUAUCACAUCGAAAGGUGCAUGUUCCAUAAAUGAGAUUGAAUCCUUUUGUAUAGCAUACACCGUUACCAAUGAUGGCGAAAUAGCAACAGGAAAGUCGUCAUGGAAUGAUGCUAUAUUUACAUGCAACAAUGAUGAAGAAAAUCCCCAGGAUCUCAAAAAACUUGCUUUAAUCAACCACAUUGGGGGACUAUCACCGGGUGAAUCUUAUUCUAAAAAUACGUCCGUACCAUUGCCGUCUAAAAUUAGCGAAGAACCAUACUAUAUUUUGGUUGUUCCAGAUUAUACAGAAAGCUCCCAUUCACUGACAAUUGAUUGUUCUGCUUCGCAAGGAAAUCUUCCAAUAAAAGAUCUUAUAGAAUAUCAAGCGCGUACGUUUUGUUCAAACCUCCAGGUGACCCUCACAGAUAAAGCACAGACACUCACAGCAGGUGACAUGAUUAACGUGGAUUACAACAUAAGUAAUUCAGGGCACUGUGGUUUGAAAAAGUUGUUCUAUGUCGCUUUGUUCUUGAGCAUUAGUAUUGAAAAUGAUCCUUUUGAACGAAAGAUUAAAACAACACUGAUAUCCGAUCCAGUACCUCGGAAUGGAACAAUAUCUGCUUCGUCCAUUGUCCAUCUUCCUAUUGAUAUGGAAAGUAGAGAUUAUUUUAUAGUGGUGCAAGUAGAUUCCCGCCAUGACAUAAUUGAAACAACUGAAAAUGAUAACAUUGCAAUAUCUGUGUUAAAAAUCAGACAAAAUAUCCUCACAGAUAUCGUGUUAUUCAAUGUGACUGCGCCAGAGGAAGUGGAAUAUGGUGAGAAAUUUACAGUUCAGUGGUCAAUCAUGAACAACGGUUCUGAAAAUGCAAAGGGGUACAAAUGCGAUUCGGUCUAUUUGUCACAGGACUCACAAUGGGAUACGACUGACGAACUACUUGGGAAAAUGCAAUGUAGCAAGUUUCACAUUAGUCAAAUUACCUCCGGUGGGAUAAUUAACACAUAUUCAGCUGCACUUCCAGCAUUGGCAUCUCUGGGUUAUAGAACUAUUGUGAAGAGUCGCACAAAUUUUAGAGAAUAUAAUCAAACUAACAACAUUGGUAUAUCACAAAACAGCACAUUAGUGAGAUAUCCUAUUUGCUUUCUUGGCCAAAACACGUCUUUUUCUAUAACUCUAGACGAACAGAAAAUCUUUAGAAUCCCCAAUAUUCCAGCUGCGCAAACGAUUAUAAUCAAAACUACAUCUAACGAUCCAUUAGCUUUCCACGAAUUCUAUGUCAAACAAUACACUGCACCAAGUGAGUACAGUUUUGACUACUCUGUUGAAGAUCCAUUUCAAUCUGAACAAGAAAUAGUCGUAAGGAAUACUCGUGGAGGUGAUUACUAUGUUUUAGUGAAGACGUCCGGUUCAACUUCUAUGAAUAAUAAUCCCGUUUUUCUUUCUCUACUGCCGAAGAUAGAUUCGAGGUAACGGGUUGUUUUCCGAAAUCGGCAGCUCCACGUGGAAACGUAACUCUGAAAAUAGCCGGAACUCUUCUUCCUGAAAAGUUUUCGGCCUCUUUAUUUAAUUCCAGCUUCAGUAUCAAGAGCGAUAAGCGGUACUGGUUUUCAUCUUCUUCAGUCGCUGCUACAUUCGAUGCAAAUCACCUCAGAAAAGGGUCGAGUUAUAGUUUAAAUCUGACUGAUAAUGAUUCCCAAAGGACUUCCAUUCUUCAAAAUGCAUUGACUGUAAUCAGUGGAAGAGAUGGCUUUGUCAAGGUGAAAGUAUCUAUGCCAGAGACUCUCUUUCUUGGGCAAACUGACGUCAUGCAUAUUGAUGUGAGGAACGCUGGUGACAAUGAUUUGAUAUCACCGUUCAUCCAUAUUGAGGCAGCAGGCGGACAACUGAAAUAUAUUCAUGAAUUCCAAAA